AAUCAGAUAAGUGCUGCUGGUGGAUUUUUGUAAGAUUUGCAAUUGCAUUAUACCAUUACCUCAACUAAAGCAUCAAGCUCAAAGGUGAUGACUUUAACCUUGUGUCUCUAGGCUUUUCCACAUUGUUUUAGGUAUUGGUUAAGGUUAUGCUUUUUUCUGAAGAUUAAAGAAAUGCCGUGAUCCAAAAGCUUUUAAGCAUUAGUUUAACUUCAAAAAGACACUUAAAAUUAAGGACAUAUGAGUUUACAGGUUCAGGUUCUAGGAUGGAAGGAUCUGAUGGUUUCCUGUUGAUUUGUCUUAACUAAACUGUUAAAUUAAUGCUUCUCUUCUUGCCACUUCAAAUUUCUCUUCAUAAUCAGAUUAUGUUAGUUACUGGAACCUUUGAUUUGCUCACUUGCUCUAAGACUGUGAACUCCAAUGACUCUUACAGACACCUGCUAUCGGUCAACUGUAUUUGGUCUUUAAUAACCACAUUAAAAGCAAAAAAUACCAGAAGCAGAGAAAUUACUUGUAUUAAUCCUAGCUUUACAGCAAAAUAGUGUGCAAUUCAAAAUGGCAGGUGCUACUGAAAGAAACCUCCAAUUUUAACCAAAGCUGGCCAUUGUUGCUCUCUGGCAUAGAGGGAAAUGUUGUUAUUUCCAGUUUCCUUAUUCACAGGUUUCCUUUCAUUGUAUUGCCCUUUCCCGUUUGUGGGAGAAGAGCCAUGAAGAACCGUUCCUCAUCUCCCCCUUUGCACGUCCAUGUGGAUGAAAACACCCCUGUCCAUGUCCAUAUUAAAAAGGGUCAGAAAACCACACCUGCAAAAUGCCAGCAAAAGCACAAACAGAAAAUGAAAGGGGAUACCAUGAGCACAUGCCGAGCUGUGCGGGUGAAAACUAAGGCCCCCUGGAUGCCCCCAGGCAAAACAUCUGUCCGGGAGUCCACCUGCAAAUGGGAGGGACCAACUCACCGCCUAGAAAUUACACCUCCAGAUUCAGAAAAAAUGCUGUCAGUAUUGCGCCUGAGUGACCUCUCUACAGAUGAGGAGGAUGCAGUUUACUGCAAAAUGAACGAAUAUGAAAAGAAGAUAGAUAGCCUGAUGAAUGUGGUGGGAACACUGAAGAAUGAGGCCAAGCUUCAGAAAAAGGAGGAACAGCAGCAAAUGACAAAGCGUCUCCUUGAGGAGCAGAAAGAAGAACUGAAUGAGGUCACACAAGAGCUGGUAGAAACAGAACAUGAGAAUACACUGCUCAGGCGCAAUAUUGAGCGCAUAAAGGAAGAGAAAGAUCUGACUGUGCUACAGAAAAAGUACUUGCAGCAUGAGAAGGAGUGUUUGAUGUCCAAGCUGAGUGAGGCAGAAAGGGAUGGAGCAGCAGCAGCCAGGCAGAUCCAUGCCCUGAAAAAUACAAUUGGGAGACUCAACAUUGAGAAACACAUGAGCAGCUCAGACAUUAACACACUGACAAGACAAAAAGAGCUUCUGCUCCAGAAAUUGAGUACCUUUGAAGAAACCAACCGGACACUACGAGAACUUCUCAGAGAGCAGCAAAACCGGGAGAAGGAUGCUCAGAAGAUACUGGAGCGGCAGGGAGCGCUGCUGAAAAGGCUGGCUGACUCAGAUGCAGAGAAAGUGCAACUUCAGAUGAGGCUUCAGGAGAAAGAAAAAGAAGUGGACAAUCUUACCAUUCAGAUACAGGCAGAAAAGGACCAGGCAAAGACGGCAUGCGAACUCUCCAAAUCUAUGGAGGCCGUGAGAGGCCAUUUACAAGCGCAGUUGCGAAACAAAGAAGCUGAGAACAACCGUCUGUCUAUACAGAUACGGAAUUUGGAGCGCAGUGAAGCUCAGCAUAAGGCAGAGGUGGAACAUAUCAUGCAACAACUGAAAGAACUAAGGCAGAAGGCAGACCGUGAUAAAGAGGCCCUGAAGAAAGCCAUCCAUGCACAGAAAGAGCGGGCAGAGCGAAGUGAAGAGUAUGCAGAGCAAUUAGCUGUCCAGCUAGCAGAAAAGGACAGUUAUGUUGCUGAGGCACUGUCUACUCUGGAGUCCUGGAGGAGUCGCUACAACAAAGUAGUAAAGGACAAGAGUGACCUUGAACUGGAAAUUGUUACACUGAACAGCCGUGUUGCAGACUUGCUGGAACAACAGACAACCCUGGAGGACAAGAUGCGGGAGGACAGAGAAGCUUUGGUGGAUAAAUUACAUCGACAGACUACAGAGACCACUUCUUUCAAAAUGGAGAAUGAAAGGCUAAAGGCUAGUGUGGUCCCAAUGGAGGAAAAGCUGAACCAAGCGCAGAUGGAAGUGCAGCAGCUCAAGAGCUCUGUCAGGAACUACGAAGGGUUGAUUGAAACCUACAAGUCACAGGUGUUGAAGACCCGAAUAGAAGCAGACGAUGUGGCAGCAAAACUGGAGAAGUGUGAUAAAGAGAACAAGACACUAAAGGAUGAAAUGAACAGGGAGAUUGAACUGGCACGUAAGCAGUUCCAGAGCCAGCUUGCUGAACUGGAAAAGCUGCCCGAGAUACUAAAGAUCACAGAGACACAGCUAGCAGAAUGUCAGGACCAGCUUCAGAGUUAUGAGAAGAAGAACGUGGACCUGUCUGUCAUGAUUGCAGAUCUUCGUCAGCGGAUUGAGCUCCAGGGGGACAAAAUGGAGAUGACAAGAGAGAGGUAUCAGUCUGCCCAGGAGGAGAAAAAGCAGCUCACCUUGAAGGUGGAGGAGCUAGAAAGAAAACUAGAGACAACGAGUGCCCAGAACAUAGAAUUCCUUCAGGUCAUAGCAAAACGUGAGGAGUCAAUCCACCAGUGUCAGCUGCGGUUAGAGGAGAAGACCCGUGAAUGUAGCUCCUUGGCACGUCAGUUGGAGAUGGCCAUUGAGGAUGCCAAAAGACAAGUGGAACAAACUCGAGAACGAGCAACGUCUAGAGAGAGGGCAGCCCAGUCCAAGAUGUUGGAUUUGGAGACCCAGCUGAGUAGGAAUAAAACAGAGCUGAACCAAUUGCGUCGGGGCAAAGACGAUGCAGAGCGCCGGUAUGAAAGCCGCCUACAGGAUUUAAAGGAUCGGUUGGAGCAGUCAGAGAGCACCAACCGCAGCAUGCAAAACUACGUCCAGUUCCUCAAGUCUUCCUAUGCUAACGUUUUUGGAGAAAGUGCCUUGCUGGGCUCCCCCAGCCGCUCUCGUUCUUCUCCAUGAGGACAAUGCUCUCCUUGCACCUCUGGUUUUAAGCACAAAAGGAGCCCAAUUUCAAAGCCAUAUUUUAUUUAGAAAAUAGGUUGGCAUUUCAGGGUCGCUGUCAGGAGAUGUUUUCCUCUUUUCCUUGCAGCAUGAGAUGAUAAAAUGAUGGUGGCAUAUGUCCUAAGUGUAGGGUAUCAGCAAAACCGGAUUGAUGCUGGAGGUCUGUGUUACACCAUAAACUGUGCCCCAAAACCAGAUAGUUUUGCGUAUGAUGGAAAAGGUCCUUUUCAUCCUGUAAGGUCCUGAUGGUUUCAGCUCUUAAAACCUUUCAGUAGUUUGUUCAGCAUGUUAAUGUUUAUUAAGAGCUCUUUUCCUUUUCAUGCUUCCUUUUUCAUUCUGUUUCUGUGUUGGGGAGAUCAUGUGGGGUUUUUUGUUUGUGUGUUUUUUCGGGUUUUUUUUUUUUUUUUUUUAAUAACUAUUGAACACUGUAUUGAUACAUUGGAUGGUGGGAGAGGGUCCAUCCACCAGAAGUGUGAAGCUGAAAAUAACUUAAGUGCCUGGGCUCUACACUUACAAGAGAUUAUCUCCUGAACCACCACAGUGUUCGUAAACAGUUUUAUACCAGAAAUAAUGAUUUUUAUUUUUUUUUACUUCAUUCUUAUAUAUUCCCUGAUCCUCACCUUUUUUCCUCAGUGUGAUGCUAAUGUUGCUUUAUUCCUCUCACCCUGAUUUCCUGAUCCUGAAUAUCCCCAGGACUGAGCCAAAACCAUCUGAAUUCAAAGGAAAGAUUGUGGUUUAACCUCAGUGGCACUUCAGCUGGGGUCUUGGUGUGAAUGCCACACAAGUUCAGGGUGUGCAUGACAUACUGACUUGGUCUUAAGCCAAUUAAAGAGCAGCUAUGGAUGCUCAACUUCUUCAUCAAACUUGCCUGCACCUUCUGGAAAAUCGGGUGUUCAAUGUGUUGAGUCCCUAAAACUCAUGUGUGCUCUAGUGCCCUUUUCUUUCCAGUAAAUGGUUCUUAUGUGGGCAAAAAUAAACAUUGUUUUUAUUUUCAUCUCUUUUGUAUCCUAUUUAUGUGCGAUGUGGUCAUUGGGCAGUAUUUCUCAGAAAAGUUUUCUAAGUUAAUUGUUUUUUGGGAGUUCUGCAAUUGUGUGUGUGUGUGUGUGUGUUUAACACUUUAAAAAUCCUAAAGGUGCUAUGGUUAAACAAACAAUAAACUGUACUUUAAUUGGU